AUGAUGCAGGAUAUCAAGACUUUUAUUGGGACCAGCAGUUAGGAGGUGGUCAGGGUGGAGCUGAAGACCACCGAGAAACCUUUUGCAAUACAAGUGAUGGAAACCAGAAUGAGAGAAGGCAGAGAGGUGUGUAGUCUGAGCUACCUCUCCUAUGGGGGGGUUAGCCACCGUUCCAUCAUCCAGCUCCUGGAGAUCUUUGGGGCCCAAGAUCGAGUUUACAUGGUGGUGGGGUUGGGUCCAGAAAGGGAGUUCUUUGAUCGGCUUAUCUCUCAGGGAUCCUUUAUAGAGCAGGAUGCUGUCAGAAUCCCCCACGUGGUUGCUGAUGGCAUGAGGUAUGUGCAUGCAUCAAAAAUAACUAACAGGGACCUAAAGCUUGAAAAGCUCUUGCACGAUCACCCAGGAGUAGACUCAAACAUUUUAAUCACAGACUUUGAUUUGGCACACUCUAGGAACAAAGGGGGUGACUGGACAGUGAGGAUGUUCUGUGGGACCCCAGAGUACAUAGCUCCCAAAGUUUUGCUGAGAAAAUCCUAUAUCAGCACAGCUGACGUGUGACUAAUCGAGUAUGUGUUACUUGGCAGAUCCCUGUCUUUUGACGAUGAAAGCCAUGUGAGGCUUUACGGGAAGAUUCUGAAAGGCAAAGAUAGUUAUACAGGAGAGCCUUGGCCAGGUUUUUUAUACUGGGUGAAGAACUUUAUAGGCAAACUGGAUUUGGGGGGUAAUCAUCGCUUGUCAGCUGGGCAGGCCUGGAACCACUCCUGGGUCAUCACCAUGGCUGUAGGGUCUUCCAUGAAGACUCUUCAAGGGUCAUUUCCGGAAUCUCAUCAGGGCACAUCUCCGCAUCCACAGAGUCCUGGAUCUGCACAGUCUUCGAAGGCAUAUUCUUAUCACAAAUCAAGGCAUACGUGGAGCAAGAGAAGCUUAAGGGUAGAAGAAUCACCACAACCUGUACUUUAG